GUUUACUCGGGGCAGACCAACUUGAGUCACGGACAACGAGAUUAUCGCUGGGGCACACUUCACACACUACGGACGGUGCUGUUGCUGGAGAAACUCCGUGUAGAACGCGCCGCAGUUGUAACCAGAAUUUAAACCUCUUCGAGAGCCGUUGACGAGGAACAAAAACAAAAAACGUCGAACAUGUCUUCUCGCAAAACAGCCGGACGUCGUGCGACGACGAAGAAACGCGCACAGCGCGCGACUUCGAACGUCUUCGCGAUGUUCGAUCAGGCCCAAAUCGCCGAGUUCAAGGAGGCCUUCAACAUGAUCGACCAGAAUCACGAUGGUUUCGUCGAUAAGGAGGAUCUCCACGACAUGCUCGCAUCACUGGGGAAAAAUCCGACCGACGAUUACCUCGAGGGUAUGAUGAACGAGGCGCCGGGACCGAUUAACUUCACCAUGUUCCUUACGCUCUUCGGUGAACGACUUCAGGGCACCGAUCCCGAGGACGUGAUCAAAAAUGCGUUUGGCUGCUUUGAUGAGGAGAACACUGGCAAUAUAAACGAGGAACGUCUCAGAGAGUUGCUCACCACGAUGGGAGAUCGAUUCACGGACGACGAUGUGGACGAGAUGUACCGGGAGGCGCCCAUCAAGGGAUCGAUGUUCGAUUACAUCGAGUUCACACGAAUUUUGAAACACGGGGCUAAGGAUAAGGACGAGCAGUAGAUAGCGAAACGCGAGAAACGUGAGCCUGGGAUUGAAGUACGAGACAGAGAAUAAGCAAGAUUAACAACAGAGAGAUUACGAAGAUUAAGCGAAAAAAGAUAUUUCAUACGAAAUUCAAACACUAGCCCGCGCGACAGAUCGCCCACCCAUUUCCACUUUCCUAUAUUAUACUUUUAAAGUAAUUUUUUUUCUUUUUAUUUUCCUUUGAUUCGGUUGCAUUCUUAUUUCCGAAUAUUGACGAAGAAAACAUGUCGUUUAUACAUGCGCGGUGUGUGUGUAUGUGUGCGUGUGUAUGUGUAUAAAUGUAUAAAUGUACAACGUGGUGCAACGUUUACGUACAGAGCGAUGAUAUAGCACAGCUCGUGUUCCCUCGACUCGCGAUUUGUCCGAGGCGGGAAAAUUAAACGAUUCGAAUUAACGAAUGGUUCUCUUUUUCUCGUUGAAAAACAAA